CUGAACUAUAAGGUCUUUGUAAUUGUGUGAGGGUUAUGAAUAUCGACGAACAACCAAUCAAAGUGAAAGCUAAGCUGAUAAAUUGUUAAUUAUAAUUGGAAUAAAAGACUGCAUGAUAGACGCUUGCAUUUACAGCUARGAUUCAUCAUUGCUGCAUUGAAUACGUAUUUCAAUUUUCCAAAAACURAUCAACGAUUGUCAGACAUAUUGAAAACUUCAUUUAGAGUCGGUAUGGAAUUGUUUCAAUUGCAUGGCUUUGUACAAGAAGAGGAACUUUGCAAAACCUUAAGAGCUUCCCGAAUAUGGCAACGAAGGAUCAAAGGGUCACUUCGCCGACGACCGUCCUCUUGAAAAGGAGCCGACCCAAUCUUGCCCAGCGCAAAGACCCCUGGGUACCACAGGAACCCCAACUCCUAGACAAUUUGGUAACAUUGGCCUCCUCCAAGAAAUCUCGACGCCUAAAAUGUCACAAAUCUGUCCUAUGGAGACUGACAACUCGCAAAAUUUGAAGAUAACGUUUACCAGCCAAAAUGCAGGGGCGAACAUUGCCUUCAAGGGAAAAGUCGUUGAAAUAGAUGGAAAAAGAGAUUACGUAGAUGUAACUCUGGAAGACAGCAAAGGUCUAAUCGCAGCAAAGUUUAUGGCAUUUAUAAAGAAAUUGGAGUCACCAACGCCACUCCCUCCAGCCACGUAUUUGUACAGAAUGUGGCCUGUACUUAUCACCUACYGUCCUUUUGAUUUGAUAUCAUCAAUCUACAUGGAUGUGAAAUUUGAGGAGGACCGAUAGAUGUAACUUCGAUUUUGAAGUGUUUUGUAGAAGCACAAAUUAUGAUUGUAAAACUAAUAUAACGAAAUA